AUGAUGAAAAGAGAAGACACGUCACCUUGGGAGCUUACUUGCACUUAUGCAAAUGGUACUACGGGUUACACUGGUUUAUCCACAGAAACCACCUUUCAAUGCAUUGAUGGUACUCCUUUCAUUCCAGCUCCAAGAAUGGACGCCCAAAAGAAUUCAGCCAACAAGGUAAAGAAGAUAAGUUUCAUUCCUUUCUUUCUUUUUGUUCUUGCAUUAUUUUCUGCAGUCAGUGCUUAA